CUUCGAUUCUCCGGGGGGAGGGAAAGAAGAAAAGGCCAAAAAAAGGGUAAGGCUCAAAUAAACGGCGUCGUUUCACGUACUGUCGAAUGCUGCCGAGGUCAUGGUUCAGUAGAGAGAAGGGGGAGAGAGAGAUAGAGAACAGAUCCCAUUCCAUUCCAUUCUCCCCCGCUCCUUCUCUCCCUCCCUCUCCCCGCAGUGCUUCAGCUUCUCAUAUCCUCAGCCAUGAGGCUUCCUCCUUCUUCCUUUCUCUUCUCAUCCCACAGUUGCAUCACCUUCCUCAUCGUUUCAAUUCUGCUCUCACCGCACGCGAUCGCUUUACAAGCGCCGUUCUACCUGCAAGAUGUGCUUCCGCUGUUGCCUCACCAAGUGUCGUGGCCGCUGCUCAACUCCCUCCGCGGCGCAGUUGAUAUUUUGCCCACUUUCGUUGGCGCCGCUUCGUCCCCCGACGACUCCUUGGAGUGGAAGGGGGCUUGCUUUUAUGAGAACAGAGCGUGGAUGGAGUUCCACAACAAAAGUGGCAGUGAGUUUGGCGGAGGGACUCUUCAUAUUAAGGUUAGCAAGGCUCAUAGUUGGACAUGUAUGGAUCUUUAUGUCUUCGCAACUCCAUACCGUGUGACAUGGGACUACUAUUUUUUGGGUCGAGAGCAUACCCUUGAUUUCAAAGAAUGGCAAGGAAAAGCUGAGCUUGAAUAUGUGAAGAGCAGGGGGGUUUCUAUAUUCCUCAUGGAAGCAGGGAUGCUGGGAACUCUUCAAGCACUCUGGGAUGUUUUCCCCUUAUUUACAAAUACAGGAUGGGGUGAGAAUGCAAACAUUGGGUUCCUCAAGAAACAUAUGGGAGCUUCCUUUCAACAACGUCCCCAACCAUGGGUUACAAAUAUCAGUGUUGAUGAUAUCCAUUCUGGAGAUUUCCUUGCAAUAUCUAAAAUUCGUGGGAGGUGGGGUGGUUUUGAGACACUAGAGAAGUGGGUUAGUGGAGCUUAUGCUGGUCAUACUGCUGUCUGCUUAAGGGACUCUGAGGGGAAGUUAUGGGUUGGUGAAUCUGGACAUGAAAAUGAUGAGGGAGAAGAUGUUAUUGCUAUGCUACCAUGGGAUGAGUGGUGGGAUUUUGAGCUGACUAAAGACGAUUCCAAUCCUCAUAUAGCAUUGCUUCCAUUGCAUCCUGACAUGCGGGCCAAGUUCAAUGAGACAGCUGCAUGGGAGUAUGCACAAAGCAUGGCAGGGAAGCCGUAUGGCUAUCAUAACCUGUUAUUUAGCUGGAUAGACACUUUAGAUGGCAACUAUCCACCCCCUCUGGAUGCUAAUCUGGUUGCCUCUGUUAUGACAGUUUGGAAUCAAAUACAGCCUGCAUAUGCUGCUAACAUGUGGAAUGAAGCCUUGAACAAGCGACUUGGGACUCGGGGCCUUGAUCUUUCAGAUAUUCUUGUGGAAACUGAGAAGCGUGGGUCAUCUUUUGAUGAGCUGCUGACAAUUCCUGAGCAAGAUGAUUGGAUUUACAGUGAUGGGAAAUCAACAUCCUGUGUUGCUUUCAUUCUUGCGAUGUAUAAGGCGGCCGGACUGUUUGAUCCAAUUGCUAGCUCUAUUCAAGUUACAGAGUUCACGAUAAAAGAUGCAUACACUCUGAAGUUCUUUGAAAACAAUUCGAGCCGCUUGCCAAAGUGGUGCAAUGAUGGUGACAAUGUAAAGCUGCCUUUCUGUCAAAUUCGAGGGAAGUAUCGAAUGGAACUACCGGGAUACAACACCAUGGAUCCAUACUCCCAUAUGAACGAAAGAUGCCCUUCUCUGCCCCCUAAAUACUACAGGCCAAAUGGCUGCUGAAAGUAUUUACUUUCCUUUUUCAUUUUUUUUACCUGUUUUUUUGGGAGGGGUGAGGAGUUUGUGCAUAUCAAUGGCUUACUCCUCUUGUACAGUGAUAAGUUACUCGUGUAUCUUGCUGUAUGAUGGUUGCAAAUUUGCUAUGCACAAUAUGCGUGGAAAGUGAUUCUACUAUUUGUUGUACAGUUAAUUAACUGAAUAGAUUUGGAAUAUGCAUGAGAAGUUCUAAUGCUCUUAGCAAUAAAAAUGUGGUAUGAUUUUCCGCUUGUC